UGUGUUCAGUUUGCUCUAGUGUCAUAAGAUGGUGCACUGACCUUUACGGAAAUGCAGGGUUGAAUGUACCCUUGGAGAGCUGUAAGGAAAAUACCGAUUUUUUUUUUUACCAUGAAUCCAAAUAAUCUGUUCGGGAGUUCGCAAGGGGGGGCUUUCCAAGCCCCUAGCAACACUAACAAGACUGGCUUGUUCCAGUCUUUUGGACAGCAGACCACAAGCAGCCAGACGCAGUCCAUCAGUUUUCUGCAGUCACCAGCAUUUGGACAGUCCUCACUCUCAAAUCAGCAGCCUACUCUCGGGAAUACCAUCUUCGGACAGACACCUUCUUUUGGCCAGAGGUCUGUAUUUGGACAGUCAUCUACGCAGUCCCCCACAGUGACAAUGAUGAGCCAGGCUCCAGCUUUUGGCCAGCCCUCCUUUGGACAGAGUAGCUCAGUUUUCGGUAGCGGCAGCACCACACUUGCUUUUGGACAGGCAGGUAGAUCGAACCAGAGCUCUGUGUUUAGACAGGCAGCCGCAUUUGGUCAGCCUUCAGGAUUUAGCCAGCAGGCCUCAACAUUUGUCCCCUCCCAGACAUCUUCAGGCUCUACCCCUACCAUUGGCUCCUCUCAGCCAAUGAGCAUUGGACAGCCACCCUUUGGUCAGCCUCUGUCCAGCAGUGUCACCUCAAAUACUUUAAGCUCAGCCCAGAGUGUAACUCAAAGCAGAGGCUUUGCACCGCCAGAGUUUAGUUUCAAGCCCUCCAAUGAAGUACUGUUUAAGCCCAUCUUUAGUGCCAGCCCUCAACCUGCCAAUCCUCAGACUGUUUCAGGGUCUGAUCAGCCCUUUGGCAGCAGUGCACCCCAGACAAGCUCCAACACUAUGGAAAGUAGCAACAACACCAGCACUGGUUUCUCUCAGUUGACUGGGACUAAGAGUGGCCCACUGGGCUUCAGCUUCUCUCAGCCUAAUGCAGCCCCCUCUAUCCCUGUCCAGAAAGACCCGCUUACCACUGUCAACAGCAGUGAUUCUACCAGCUCUUUACAGUUUACCUUUUCCCAGCCAGCCACCCCUUCCAGCACGAACACCAACACAGCCACCACACAGCCAACCACCCCAUCAUCUUUCAGCUUCUCAGCCAAAGUCCUCCAUCCCCAGUCAGUACCCUUGUUUGGAAGUUCUAGCUUUGGUCAGACCUCAUUGUUUGGUGACCCCAAAGCUAAACCUGAAAAUAGCACAGAGGAGAGUGUCAGUAACCAAGAGAACACAGGGGACACAAACAUCUUUGCACGACUUGGCAAAGGCACCAAGCGCAAAGAAGACCCAGCUGCCACCGACACCAGCUUAGAGAAGCCAGUCAAGGAGGAAACAAUCCCAGCUGAAGGAGAUGCACCAAGGCAUCCCCCGAAGAGACCUUUGUUGAGGUCUCGAGGGUCAGCUGGUGGCCUGUUUGCAAGGGCAUUGAGUGAUCUGAUAAGAAAACCAGCCAGCCCAGUGAGACAAGAAGCUGUAAAGGAGACUCUGCAGCUGGCAUCAGAGUGCAGGGAGACGGAGAAAGUUGGCAGCUUAGCUCACAGGGACCACAUAGCUGCCUUGCCACCCAGGGCACAGGCCCCCACCAGGGAGGUCCUGGAAAAAGCUGGGGAGUCAGAUUCAACAAAACCCUCAGUUGAAGAGCCUGAAAAAACAACCCCCACAAAACGCAGUCUACGCAGGGAGAGCUCUGAGAGCUUGUCGGGAUUGUCCCCCGCUGACUGCACCAUUAUUCAGUGCAAAAACGUGCCCCCAGCCCUUAACAAGAAGGAAAUAAUUGAGAAGCAUUUUGGUCACUUUGGCAAAGUCCGCAGGGUCUUCUGCCGCCCUAACAAGAAACUGGCCAUAGUGCACUUCCAUGACUAUGCUUCAGCAGCAAAGGCAAAGAAGAAGGGCAAGAUUCUGCACAGACAUGAACUCCUUCUCUUCUGGCAGAGGAAAAAGCAGAGUCCAGGGGAGAAAGGAAAAAGACCCACUGCAGGAGAGGAGCAAGCACAGCCAGACAGGCAUACCACUGAAUCUGAAGCAUCCUCCUCCCCUCUUCGGAAACCUGCGCUAAGAGCUCCAGCUGUCGGCAGCGCCAUGACCUUCAGUCGCAGCUCUCCUGUGAAGAAGCCAUCCCUGGCCAAGCCUGUCCAGUUUGACAGUGAGCCCCAGCAAGAAGCGACUGUUGUGACCCAGAGAUCAGAUCAACAAGUACCACCCUCCCUCUUCCACUUAAUUGGCCAGGUGGCUGAGACAGCAGAGGAAAAGUACCGCCUCCUGGAGCAGAGAGACAAGAUCUUGCGUCAAGGUCGACCUAAGUUGACAGACCUGGACCUAUCCAAGGUUUUUGUAGGGACAUGUCCUGAUAUGUGUCCAGAGAAGGAGAGAUACAUGAGGGAGACACGGAACCAGCUCAGCGUCUUUGAGGUCACCCCAGACACAGAGACGGUGGAUCACAUGGCAGCCAUUAAGGAGUACAGCCGCUCAUCAGCAGACCAGGAGGAGCCCCUGCCCCACGAGUUGCGCCCCCUGCCCAUACUUAGCAUGACCAUGGACUACCUGGUCAUCCAGAUCAUGGACCAGGGCCAUGACAACUACCGAGACUGGUAUGACUUUGUCUGGAACAGGACCCGCGGCAUUCGCAAGGACAUCACCCAGCAGCACCUGUGCUGCCCUCAGACAGUGUCCCUGAUUGAGAAGUGCACACGCUUCCACGUGCACUGUGCACACCACCUGUGCGAGGAGCACAUGAUGACGUUCGAUGCCAAGAUCAACAAUGAGAACAUGACCAAGUGCCUGCAGAGUCUGAAGGAGAUGUACCAGGACCUGGCCAUGCGCCAGAUCUACUGCCCCUGUGAGGCUGAGUUCCGCCAGUACAACGUGCUACUCAAGCUCAACGACGGCGACAUUCUUCGGGAGGUCCAGCAGUUCCGCGAUGAGGUGCGCAACUCAAUGGAGGUAAAAUUUGCAGUGCAGGCAUUUGCAGCGCUCAACAGCAACAACUUUGUGCGCUUCUUUAAGCUAGUGAAGAGGGCGUCUUACCUCCCCAGCUGCCUCCUCCACAGAUAUUUCAAUCAGGUUAGAGCCAAAGCCUUAAGGACCUUGAACAUAGCCCACACAGUGGGUUCUCAAAGGUCCACAGCCUUUCCAGUCGAAGACAUGGUAAGGAUGCUCAUGUUCCGUGAUGCUGCCGAGGCAACCAACUUCUUUCAACAGUAUGGCCUCGAUGUAAAUGAUGGCGUUGUGGAACUAAGCCGGAUAGCCUACCAAGAGCCAGAGCUGUCUCUGCGCCAGAAGAAGUCAGAGGCCAUCCUGGAAAAGAGAACAGUGCUCAUCGGAGAGGUGGUAAAUGGAGGCCCUCUCCCCAACCCUCCCCAACACACCCCUUUCGCUAGCUUCGAUUCACAGAACAAGUACCGUGGAGGGGACCCAUUGGCUGAGCCCACCCCAAGCGUUUUCAGGACCAGCUCUGUGGCCACAACAACAAAACUAGAGGUCAAAGGGAAGAUGGAGGCUGAGAAAAGGCUACAGCUUAAGCCAGCCAAGCUGUUGCCAGAAUCCAGAUCAAUGGGGGAGCCCGAAGCAGGCUCAGACGCCACAAAAACAACAGCCACAGACGAGACAGAGGAGCCCAGCGAAGCCUCCAGUGACCUGACCAUCAUGGCUGAGCCCCAUCAGCUGUUCCAGCCUGUCGCCCCACCUCAGCUUGACAAACCCCCAUCACCCCCACCCAAACCUCAGCCUGUGUACAGCGAUGAGGAAAUUUUGGCUGAGCUUGAGAGCAUGGUGGAAGAGGUAGUUGAAGCAGCAGUGAGUGAGGUAGCCAGCACUGGUGCCAACUAUGCCUCAAUAGCUGUUGUGGAGAGUGGUGGGCAGGUGGAGAUGCUGGUGAGUGAAGUGGUGGGUCAGAUGCUCCAGGAGAUGUCUUCCACCGAGAUCCGAUUGGAACAGGAGCAUGUUGCUGAAGAGAAACGCAAGCAAGAGGAGACCAGGAGGAGGCAGGAACACGAGGCUUUUCUGACCCAAUUUAGCCUCUCCCUAUGCACAGAGAUCAUCCAGGAAGUACUAGACAAGAGCAUUCGAGAAACAGCUGCCUCAGAGAUCCAGGAGGCAGUGAAAGAGAAAGCUGAGCGUUUGGCACGUUGCACGGAGCAGCUGUGUGCCAGUCUAGUGGAGGAAACCUUGGAUGGAGAGAUUGCCUUAUUGGCUGAAGACAUCCUGGAGACAGAGCUCCAGCUCAUCUAUAAGUACAUCAAAAGGUGGCGUGAUGUAGUAGCGGUGCGUCGGCAGCUGAAGAGGCAGAUGAGAGGUUUCCCUGCUGCUCCAUGCUGUGUGGACCCUCGCUUCAAACUGAAAGCACUGGCCCCCAGCGCCCCCUCACAGCCCUCGCUGGAAGAUCUUAGCCGAGGUGUGGUCAACCUGGGUAACACUGGCACCCUUGCCGUCUCCAGCACCAGGUCACUGAAGAUGAGACAAGAAGUGCUUCACCAGAUGAGAGUCCACUACUACUAUCAGAGACUUUUGGAUGAGUCAGUGUGGGCACCACUGGAUUUACCAGCACUGGUGGCAGAGAAUAUUCCCAACCCCCCGGAUCGAAUCUUCUGGAAGGCUGCCCUCCUGUUGCCCAACGACCACGAGAGUGUAGCCAGCCUGGCAGACAAGGUCCUAUCAGACUGGCUGGAAGCAAAGUUUGGUGGUAAUGAAGGGUCAGAAGUCGGGAAGAAGCAGCCAGAUGGCUCACUGCAGACACUCUAUGUCACCAGUGUACUCCAGGAGAACAGACAACGCACACACAAAGUCCACAUCAGCAUCAAGGUGGCCCAUGGCCCUCUGACAGAGGAAGGCCUGUCCAAGCUGGAGGAGUGCUGUGAGCUCCAAGGCACAGGGGCCCUGCUUAUGCUGCUCCCCGCUAUGCCUGCCCUUGCCCCUGAAGUCAGACAUGAGGACAAGGAUGUGCCUCUUCUCUCAGCCCUGCUGCAGCUGAAACAACUCCAGCAGGCAAGCCCCUGGCAUUGCCCACUGCCCCUGGUCAUACUGAUGCCCGGACCUGCCAACACAGACCCGAACAAUAUACAGAAACUUGAAGAAGCCCUGAUGCUGCAGGAACUGGUGGGGGAUAGUCUGAUAUCAGAAUACAUAUUUUUCCACAUACCAGAGACCACCAGUGACCUUCAGGGUUCCCAACAGCUAAACCAGGCUAUGCUUUGGCUGCUGGCCCGGGCCCCUCCACCUCACCCUCUCUCCUGCCAGACCCUUGUGCAGUUCGUAGAAGCUGGCUUGAGCCAUGAGUUUAGCACCAAGGUCUGUUCCCAUCGCCAGGAAAGGGCAGAUGCAGGUCUCUCUCCUCAGGACCCAGCACCAGUCAUCCAGCUAUACAAUUCUGUCGUGGCCCAUCUGGCAGAUACAGUGUCCUCCCAGGACCUCUCCACCCUCUCCUGGCCACCAGAGGAGUUCUACCUGCCUGACCACCGUGACCUGGUGCCCCAUCUGGGCUGGAACUCUGCCCAACACCUGGCCUGGCUGCACAAAGCCAUCCUCAGCCUGCAGAUCCCAGAAUGGAAGCUGCCAUCUAUCACUGCCUCAUGGUCCCAGCUUUGCUCCUCCAUCUACUGCUACGCCUCUCAGAUCCCAGUAUCACGUCACAGCAAACCCCUCCUGAUGUCACGGCUUGACAACCUGCUGGAGAGGGUCAGACUCCGGAGCCAAUGGAGCCAAGUGGCCAUGGAUAACGGAGGAGCCAGGGACGAGAGUGGGGGUUCGGCAUUCCAUCAGAUCCCCUUGGACGAUGUGCUGAUGCUAUGCAUAGACCACAAACUGAAGGACUGGCGGAGCCCCGGUUCACUUGUCUGUGAAGAUGCUAUGACAGACGAUGGGGAAAUCCUAGUAUACUUCCUCACAGAGUCCCUGAAGGGUUUCCAACCACCUGAGGAAUGGCUCCAGGCCAUUAAGUGUACACACAAGGAGAAACAGCAGGAGACAGAAGUGGCCGGUGCUGCCAGUUAUGACCCUUCAUCUAAUCUAUCCUUAACACAGAGGCUGUUCCAGAGCCUGACAGAGCCUGAUACACUCCUAGCAGCUCCAUUGGACAUCACACACACACCUACACCGGAGGAGCUGCUUUCCCUCCAUGUCCUCCAGAGCUUCGAGGAGGAGAAGGCUCAAAGUCAAAGGAGUAUGGAGCAGCUUCAGCACUGGCAAAAUGCCAACCCACUGGACUACUUCUCAGUGUCCCUCUUCAUGCCAUCCUCCACUCUACUGUCUGUCUCCACUCUGAUGCCACAGGCUUCCAAGACUCGAGGUUCCCCACUCCAACAGGAAGUGAAGCCUGAUGAUUCUGCACAGAAAGUAGACUGGCCCAAGAACACUCCAGUAUCGAUGGCAUGUCAGCUGAAGGAACUUAAACGACAGAUUAUGGCCAGUCAAGAGGAGGAACUGGCCUGCAGACUGAAGCUGAAUGGCCUAUUGAGCGUUGUAGAUGACUGAUUGCGUAAUGUUAAGUAGAGAUAAAAACUUAAUCUCCCAAACCAAACUUGUGGUGUCUGAGCUUUACCUUGCUUUUUAUUUAUUGAUUUUGGCUCCUGUUGAUUGCAAUGUUUGUUUUAUUCUUUUAUGUAGAACUUGUACUGACUUUUAGCUUUAGUUAAGUCCUUCACUUUUUUGUUUUGUUUUGUUUUUUUAAUGUUUUAGUUUUUCUCAGCUGAAUGUUUUUAAAUUUGCAAAAAUUGUGAUAAAAUUGUUUUGGUUUGGUUUGGGGUUUUUUUGUAUUCCCAAUUUUCUGGGGCUGUAAUUGCUUGUAUUUGUCAAAAUAUUAAUUACUGAUAGACAAGAAAUUGCUUUGAUUUUAUGUGCUUUUACUAGACAUGGACACAUUUCUUGGUUUUACGUUAAUCAAUGAAUAAAACUUGUUUUU